UGUCGGUCCGUCUCACCGCUCAAUCGACCUCCGCCGUAACCGAUUGCUCGGUCGUUACUAACGAAGCUUAGUAGCUCGCACCUUCAAAACAUCGGACAACAAAACGUCGACCUAAUCCACCACGUCCAUGGCAGUUAUCCUUUUCUCUUUUUGUAAUCCCAUCACUCUUUAAAAAUUCCGCCUAAAAAGAAAAAGCGUUCUGUCCCCUCUGUUGGGUUAUCAGCAGACGUGUACAACAACUAUCCAGAGGAUUUAGGGGCAGCUCUAUACCGAGAGCCAUUUGACUUCAACGCUGAGCCACCUUGGGAUCCUAGCUGAUAGUGGACGAGUUCUUCCCAGGACUUAUCCAUUUUGUUGCAGAAGUCUAGGACCCCAGGGGCUCGAGAGCAAGCGAGCGAGACCACUUCAGAUUAGCCACAUUCUUUAUGCCUGUCGGAUUAGAGGAAAACGGUUGAGAGGAUGAAAGGUAUUGCUGAUGAACCACAGUAUUCUGUUGGCCUUCUGGAGGGAGGCAUGGCGCUCUGUGACGUGAUUGACAACCACAUUUAUGAACAAACUCUGUCUGAGAAGAGUGCAUUCUUUGUAGCCGACCUGGGCGUCAUAAUGAGGCAGCAUGUUCGCUGGCGAACGCACAUGGCCCAGAUUCGACCCUACUACACUGUCAGAUGCAACAGCAGUCCAGCUGUUAUUGAAGUUCUUGCUGCUCUUGGCACUGGAUUCAUAUGCACCAACAAGUCUGAACUGGAGCUGGUGCAGAGCCAUGGUAUUCCCUCUGAAGAUAUCAUCUACAGUGGUGUUUGCAAACAGGUUUCCCAGAUUAAAUAUGCUGCUAAGAACGGCAUUGACCUUCUGGUGUGUGAUAAUGAAGCGGAGCUACGCAAGAUUUCUCGCUGCCACCCCAAUGCCAAGCUGCUGCUGCAGGUGUCAACAGAAGCAUCUAACCCAGAGGAUGAGAUCAGCAUGACAUUCGGCUGUUCCCUGAAGGACUGCAGGCAUCUGCUGGAGAGAGCUAAGGAACUGGGUGUGCAGGUAGUGGGGGUCAGGUCUCACAUUUCCAGCUCCUGUGAAGAUGACCAGGUGUAUGUUCAUGCUAUCUCUGAUGCCCGCUGUGUCUUUGAUAUGGGAGAGGAAAUCGGCUUCAACAUGAAAAUCCUGGACAUUGGAGGCGGUUUCAGUGGCUCUGAGACUCAGCUGGAGAUGAUCAAUAGUGCAGUAAUGUCCAUGGUGGACCUAUACUUCCCUCUUUCUACUGGGGUUUCCAUCAUUGCUGAGCCUGGCAGUUUCUUUGUGUCCUCUGCUUUCACCCUGGCUGUUAACGUCAUCUCCAAGGAGGUGGUGGCACGAGAUCGGGACCAGGCACAUGAUGAUCCAUCUCCCAACGAUGAGCCAGAGUUCCAGUACUACAUGAAUGAGGGAGUGUACGGGUCAUUUGCCAGCAAACUCACUGAAACAACGAUUGCUGCUCCAUCUGUUCACAAGAACAUGUCCCUGGAUGCUCCAGUGUUCAGCAGCAGCCUGUGGGGUCCCUCCGGGGAUGACCUGGACCAGGUAGUGGAGCACUGUUUGUUGCCUGAGCUCAACAUCGGAGACUGGCUCAUGUUCUCCCAUGCUGGGGCCUACAGUCUGGGUCAGCCACUCUGCACCACCACUGACUCACCCCCUCCCCCUGUAUACUAUGUCAUCUCCUCUAGAGACUGGUUUGAGAUGCAGGACACAGGUGUCACCCAUGAGGCCACACUGAAGAACUUCUCACUGGUCCCUUAUUUCCUCAACUCUUGCCAAACAGAGGCUGCACUCUCUGUCCCAGCUUAGCAAUCAUCAGACCAGGAAGGUUUUGACUUCCCUUACUGGUUUCUGCUGCUAGCUUCCCCUGGUCUGCAUUCCCCUGGGAUGAACUGAACUAACAGUGCAGAAAGUGCUUGAAAUUGCUGGGACCAGAUUGAAUUAAUCUCGCAAACCCCAAUUGUACAGUGUAUUAUGUGAUUAGACCUGGAAAACCCAAGUAGGUGUUAAUAAAUAUGCAACAAAAUGGAUGACUCCAGAAAGACAGAUGCAUUCUUCCCUUUGCUUUGGGCAUCCCAUGCCACUACAGUUUACACUCAUACAAUAGAUAUACAAUAAUUUUAAAUAAUUAUAUUUGACAAAUGUAUUAUCUGUAUCUCCGUUGCUGUUGCCAGUCUUGUAAAAGUAAGAGAUGUAUCCCAGAGUGAAGCAGUGUAUUUAAACAGAAACACAGUUCUGAGACGUUGUAGAGUGCUUUGCUUCAAGAUGUGUUUUAAUGAUUUCAAUUGGUUGUAUAGUUUAUUUUGUGUGAUUAAAAGCUCGAUUCCGUUAUUACAUUUAAAAUACGUCGUCCUUCUCAGUGUUUUAAACUGGAGGCUUGCAGCACUACGUUGCUGCACAUAUGAACGUGCAUUUACUCAGCUGUUUGAUGCAGUAAAUGAAGCCAGUGUGAUCAAUGGGCAGUGUCACCAUGAAACCCACUCCUGGAAAAAUGAUAUGUGCAGUCUGCUCUGAUUUGGCUGGAAGUCUAAUGGCUCAGUGUUCACCGCUAAACUGGUGGUUUAGUGUUUUUUUCCUAAGGCGCUGAGCAUCUCGCUCCCAGACUAGUGAAGGACAGGCAGGUAACUGCUAUGCCACAACAUAGCAAAGCAGGUUUGUUACACAGCAUGUGCUGCAGAUGGAACAUGGGAAGUGUUGAUGGAUAAUGAAUCAGCAGACAUGGAAUGGAGUCUUUUUUUUUUUUUUUUUUUUUAAAGAAAGCAUCAUUUAAAAUGCUAGAGCCCUUGCUUUUUUUUUUACUGUUUUUGUUGUAUUUGCAUACAAGUUUUUCAACAUUUAUGACUGUGUUGAAAGAAGAUUACAUUUUGUAACUCUGCAAGUAUACUUUCAGAGUGUGUAUCAUAUCUGUGAAGUUGUCUUCCAAUCUGUGUGUAAGGCAUGAUGAAUUAUUGGGCAUUUGCCUGUUAUUAACUUGUAGCUGUGCUUGUCAACAUGAACAGUAAUAAACAAACCUCACUGACUGGA